AUGGCGUCGGGGCGAAACGCAUCGUACGGUUUCUACUUGAGCAACGUCUCCGAGAUGGAAUCACUCGACGCGGCGAACGGCAGCGGUGCCGACGACGGCGGCGGCGGUGUGAAUCCACCGUACGGCGUGCACAUCUACGAGUUGUUUGACGGCCUGCCGGCUCCGGCCAAGCUGGUGAUGCUCGCCGGCGCCGCUCUCUCCAUCUUCUGCCUCGCGGCGACGCUCUGCACGUUCGCGCUCUUCGAGCAGCUGCAGACGCUGCCAGGCAAGAUGAUUACGUGCUUCGUGUGCAGCUUCGCCGUGUCGCAGACGCUCACCACCGUCGGCAUGCAUCGCUUUGCCGACGACGUCGUCUGUUUUGGCGUCGCCGUCGCCGCCCACUACUCGACGCUGGCCGUCUUUCUGUGGUCGAACGCCAUCGCCGUCGACAUGGCGACGUGCUUCGGCGGUUCUCUACUGCGCAUGAUCCGCCAUACGAUGGACGACGCGCGCCGCUUCCGGUGGUUCUGCACGUACGCGUGGGGCCUGCCGACGCUCGUCUGCGGCGCAUGCGCGAUGACGGCGCUGCGGUACCCGCAUCUCGGCGUCGCCUACGGAGGCGACGACUUCUGCUUGAUCUCCGGAUGGAAAGGCACCGAGUUUGCGCUGGCGCUGCCGGAACUCGUCGUCGUCGUCGUCAAUGGCGCCCUGUUUGUUGUCGUCGUCGUCAAGAUGAUAUCCACGCUGCUCUCGUUUACGUGGCUCUUCGCGUUCCUGUCGGCGUUCACGGGCCAGGUGGCGCUGUGGUACAUCUUCACAGUUGUCGACGCUCUCAGUGGCAUCUACAUAUUCGCCGUCUUCGUGCUCAACAAGCGAGUGCGCGCCAUUUGGAUCUCGUGA